UCAUACUUCUACAAACUUCACCAACGAGGAUUGAAGAGUGUCAGUGAGUGAGUGGCUAGCAAUUAAAAAUGUUGCUAAGGAACAAAAGAUUAGGUUUGUUGUUAUUGCUUUGUGUUCAUGCCUUUGUUGCCAAUGUGGUUGCAAGGGAUGUAGUAACUGUGAAAAAUGAUGAAGAAAAGAAUGUAGGGUUUGGGAAGGGAGGUGGGUUCGGUGGUGGAAUUGGUGGAGGAGCAGGAGGAGGGGGAGGGUUCGGAGGUGGGUUUGGUGGAGGAGCAGGAGCCGGUGGAGGGUUUGGAGGUGGAGGAGGGUUUGGCGGAGGAGGAGGAGCAGGUGGAGGUGGUGGUGCUGGAGGAGGGUUUGGUGGUGGAGCUGGGGGUGGACAUGGGAUUGGAGGUGGAGCUGGUGGAGGAUUUGGUAAAGGAGGUGGGAUAGGUAAAGGUGGAGGACUUGGUGGUGGUGCUGGUGGAGGGUUUGGAAAGGGUGGUGGCAUUGGAGGAGGUGCUGGUGGUGGUUUUGGAAAAGGUGGUGGUGUUGGAGGUGGAAUUGGCAAAGGGGGAGGAUUAGGCGGCGGCGGCGGUUUUGGAAAAGGUGGUGGUGUUGGAGGAGGAAUUGGAAAAGGUGGUGGUGUUGGAGGAGGAAUUGGCAAAGGUGGAGGUUUAGGUGGUGGUGGUGGCUUUGGAAAAGGUGGCGGUGUUGGAGGUGGAAUUGGUAAAGGUGGAGGUUUAGGUGGUGGUGGUGGCUUUGGAAAAGGUGGCGGUGUUGGAGGUGGAAUUGGUAAAGGUGGAGGUUUAGGUGGUGGUGGUGGUUUUGGAAAAGGUGGUGGUGUUGGAGGAGGAAUUGGAAAAGGCGGAGGUUUAGGCGGCGGCGGUGGCUUUGGAAAAGGUGGUGGCGUAGGAGGUGGAAUUGGCAAAGGUGGUGGUGUCGGAGGAGGAAUUGGCAAAGGUGGAGGUUUAGGUGGAGGUGGUGGCUUUGGAAAAGGCGGUGGCAUAGGAGGUGGAAUUGGCAAAGGUGGUGGUAUUGGAGGAGGAAUUGGCAAAGGUGGAGGUUUAGGUGGUGGUGGUGGCUUUGGAAAAGGGGGCGGUGUUGGAGGAGGAAUUGGCAAAGGUGGAGGUUUAGGUGGUGGUGGAGGCUUUGGAAAAGGUGGUGGUAUAGGGGGUGGAAUUGGCAAAGGCGGAGGUUUUGGUGGGGGAAUUGGAAAAGGUGGUGGCAUUGGAGGAGGAAUAGGCAAAGGUGGAGGCUUUGGCGGUGGUGGUGGAUUCGGUGGCGGUGGUGGAUUUGGCGGAGGAUCUGGAGGUGGAUUUGGCGGCGGCGGUGGAGGAGGUGGCGGUGGUGGAAUUGGACACCCCUGAGCAUUGUAGACGUUGCAUGCAUGAGAAACUUAUAUUUCAACGUCGUCUUUGCAUUAGCCAUGAUGAUUGGUAUAGAAAAUAUCGUCCGAGCGAAAGAGAAUUAUUUGCUCUUUUGGUUAUUAUAACAUUUAUGUACUACUCCUCGUUUUCUUUAAUACUUAAUGUUAAAUGAAAGCAUGAAAGCAUGAGAGUGAUGUUUACUCUCUUUUCUUUUUUUCCUUUGUCUUCCAUAAGAACAAAAUGACAGUAUUUUCAAGAGUUGCAAUA